GGGUUGAUUCAGUGUCACGUUAUUCAAUGUUUCAUCUGACUUUACUUUUUUUUUUCUUUUUAAUUUUUUGGUGGGUGGGUGUGUCCCUCUAAUUCAAUUGCAAUUGGGGUCCGAAAAAAGGGAAAAAAGUGGAAGGGAUCGUCGUUUGGGCUUGUGAGUUGUGAUUUGGAUCUUCAUCUCUGUGGCAGCUCAUCAGAUAAAAUAGAGAAAAAGCUUGAUUUCUAUUUUUAGUUUUCUGUUACUUGGGUUGGGCAAGUGAAGAUUAGAAUUUCGAAUUUGGGUUUUCAAUAUACAUUACAAUUUUUUUGUAUCUGCUCGCUCCGACUCGGGAAUUCAGUGUUUCAUUUGCGGGGUUUUAGGGCGUAAUCGAUGGGUGUCUGCGUAUCCAAACCGUCGACGACGACGACGACGACGGUUCUGGCUAUUCCGGCGAGGGGUGGUUCUGUUCAAGCGAUUGAAGGUCCGCCGCCAUCGCAAGCACCUGCGCCCUCAGUCGACAGCGGAAAUCGUAAAAAUGAGAGGGAGAGGGAGAGGGAGGGAAAGAAAACUAAUUAUGAGUUGGAGAAUGGUAAGAAGUCACCGUACUUCACCUUUUUCAGUCCCAGCCCCGCCCACUACCUCUUCUCCAAGAAAUCUCCGGCGAGAUCUCCGGCGAAUGCGAGCUCCAACUCCACGCCGAAGCGGUUCUUCAGGAGGCCAUUUCCGCCGCCGUCCCCUGCAAAACAUAUAUUGGCAGUACUGGCGAGACGGCAAGGCUCGGUGAAGCCGAAUGAGGUAUCUAUUUCGGAGGGAAACGAGAUCGAAGGGCCAGGCCUCGACAAGAGCUUUGGAUUCUCCAAGAAUUUUAGGAACAAGUAUGAACUUGGAGGAGAGGUUGGAAAGGGGCAUUUUGGGAACACAUGCAGAGCGACGGUCAAGAAAGGGGAACUUAAGGGGCAGCAAGUUGCUGUGAAAGUCAUCCCUAAAUCAAAGAUGACCACUGCCAUUGCCAUUGAGGAUGUAAGAAGGGAAGUGAAGAUACUGAAAGCUUUGAGUGGACAUAAAAAUUUAGUCCAUUUCUAUGAUGCAUAUGAAGAUCAUGACAAUGUCUAUAUAGUAAUGGAGUUAUGUGAAGGAGGGGAGCUCUUGGAUAGAAUACUCUUCAGAGGUGGGAAAUAUACAGAAGAUGAAGCAAGAUCAGUMUUGAUACAGGUCCUGAAUGUUGCUGCAUUUUGCCAUCUCCAAGGGGUGGUGCACCGGGAUCUUAAGCCCGAGAACUUUUUAUACAUGUCGAAGGAUGAAAGUUCACAAUUGAAGGCCAUAGAUUUUGGUUUAUCAGAUUUUGUAAAACCAGAUGAAAGGCUCAACGACAUUGUUGGCAGUGCUUAUUAUGUAGCUCCUGAAGUUCUCCGUAGAUCUUAUGGCACAGAGGCCGACGUCUGGAGUAUAGGUGUGAUUGCAUAUAUUCUGCUGUGUGGCAGCCGUCCAUUUUGGGCUAGGACAGAAUCUGGCAUUUUUAAGGCAGUUUUGAAAGCGGAUCCAAUUUUUGAAGAUCCACCUUGGCCAUCUUUAUCUUCUGAAUCUAAAGAUCUUGUUAAGCGCCUACUGAAUAAAGACCGAGAGAAAAGAAUGACAGCCGCUCAAGCUCUAAGCCAUCCUUGGUUUAAAAAUUGUAAAGAAGUAAAAAUUCCUCUUGAUAUACACGUGCUUAAGCUCAUGAGAGUUUAUAUGUGUUCAUCAUCUCUCAGAAAAGCUGCUCUAAAGGCAUUGUCAAAGACAUUGUCUGUAGAUGAUCUCAACUAUUUUAAAAUUCAGUUUGCACUGCUGACACCAAACAGAAAUGGCACCAUAAGCUUGGAAAAUAUAAAAGAGACCUUGAUGAAAAAUGGAACAGAGGCCAUGAAGGAAUCGCGARUCACUGACUUUUUAGCAUCGCUCAAUGCAUUGCAAUUCAGAAGAAUGGAUUUUGAGGAGUUCUGUGCAGCUACAAUUAGUGUCCAUCAAUUGGAGGACCUCAGUCACUGGGAACAACUUGCUCGUGGUGCCUAUGAACUUUUUGAAAAGGACGGAAAUAGGGCUAUAAUGAUCGAGGAACUAGCUACGGAACUCGGUCUGGGCCCUUCAGUCCCAGUUCAUGCCGUUAUCCACGAUUGGAUUCGACACACCGAUGGGAAGAUGAGCUUCCUUGGGUUUGUCAAACUAUUACAUGGGCCAUCAGGCCGAACUGCUAGACGUCCAUAACAGGGGUCGUGUUCAAGUAGAAAUCAAUCUCAAAACUAUUGAUUACCCUCUGCCUUGGUUAAGUGUAGAUUGCAGAAUGAGAGGUGGCUAAAAGAUUUGGUGUCUAUGUUUCACCGGAGCUGCCAUCGUUCCCGAUCGUGCCGAUCGCUCAUCUUCAAGCAGCAGAGACUGCAAAUCUCAACAGUACUAUAUCCAUGUGAUAAURAAGAUGAAGAGUAGGUUUAGGCGUUCACAGGUCCCAUUUUUAAUGUACAGGUGUUGUAAAAUAUGUUCAGUUUCAGGUGAUUAGAAGAUUACAUUACAACAUUUCUGACGAUUCAAGAAACGAUCUUGUUGAGUUCUCUCUUCUUUACUUGGUGACUCACUGAGAUCAUAAACCUAAUUCUUCAUCAAAGAAUUCAAUGAAUUCUUACUGAAGUUUUCUUUGGA